AUGUCGCUGACGUGCACCGUCCUGCUCUUCACUGCGAUACAAUGCUACAACGACUGGAACCGCCCCGCCCUUUCAGCGAGCGAUGAGGCCUCUUCCUCGUCUCUCUCCUCCCCACGCGACACGUCGCCCGCACAAUCCCCCUCGCUGAGACGAAGGACGAGCAGGCGCAGCGACUUCUCGCCUCGCUUGACAACGACCCGUCCGGCACUUCCUUUCCUUGCAACAGAGACGGCCUCGUCGAAGAAGGAGGACGGCGAAGGUGUAGAGGUGGAGGAAACGACGAAGCAGGCGGGAGGUAAAUCGGACAGACCGCUCGACACGGGAAGAAUACCCUCUCCUCCCUCGAAUCGCUCUCCCGCCGCUCCGCCGCCGUUUGCGCCUACCGAGCCCGCCACACCCAGCUCAACUCGUCAGCCAAAGCGGCGCACCGCAUCCGUCGCCUCUCGCUGCUCAUCCGUCUCGUCGUCAGUCGCAAGCGUCGGCUUCCAUCCCCUCCCGGCAGCUCUCGCGCCGGUCGUCCAGUCCGCCACAGACGACACGAGCCUUCCCCAUGCGUCUUCGGCACCUCCCCCGUCUGUAGCGACGAGUCAGAUCGGGCUCGGACGUCCACCCAGCGCUCCCUCCAGCCGGAUCACCGCCUCCCCAGCCUCUCCCUCUCCUCGCUCAGCAUCGACGACCUCAGCAGCCUCGACUCCAAGCAGGUCCUUCAGCCUACCCUUCCGCAGGCGAAAAGUCUCGACACCGGUGUCGGAGAAGGAGAACGAUUUGCCUGCGAUGGAACGGUUGAGGUCCUUUAGCGUUCAGAAGAAGUAG